AUGAAUUUGGAGGGGGUAGGUGACGAAGUUAGGUGUCGCCCUUUCCCGAUCAUCCUGGCGGGACCCGCAAUACGGUGGUUUAAUAGCCUCCCGCAAGGUUCUAUCGCUAGGUUCUCGGACAUCAGCUGCGCCUUCUUAGCCCAUAUCACUACCAGAAUCGCGAAGGCGAAACACCCAAUCAACUUACUCGGGGUGACACAAAGGCCUGGCGAGCCGACCAGAAAAUACUUGGACCGGUUCAAUGAUGAGUGUUUAGAGAUCGACGGCCUAACUGACUCGGUGGCCUGUUUGUGUUUGACGAACGGACUUUUGAAUGAGGAUUUCAUAAAGCAUCUCACCACGAAGCUGGUGUGGGCGAUGCAGGAGAUCCAAAGCGUAGCCAAGGAAUAUAUCAAUGAUGAAGAAGUCAGUCAGCUCGUGGCUCCCAACAACCAGCAGCCCUUCUACCAUCAACCCCGGAAGCACGGUGGUGGAGAAAGGCAGAAGGAGCACACCAGGGACGGCGGUCCAGGCAAGACAUCCGGGCCAUUUGCUCGAGUUAGGAAGUUCACCAAUUACACCCCUCUCACCGUCCCCAUUGUAGAAGUUUAUCAGCAGAUAGCCGAGAAGGGAAUCUUGGCGAAGCCACGACCUCCAAAGGACCAAACCAGGGGAAACAAGAGCCUCUAUUGUGAUUAUCAUAAGGGCUAUUGA